AUGCGGGCCUCACUGGAUGAGGUUUCUGUCGGGCUAAUAGAUGAAUUCUGCGUUCUCUGCAACGUGUGGCUCGCGGGCAACGCAGCACAGCACACACACGGAGAGAAGCACGUGAAGUGGAGGGAAGCAGCACAGACCGUCUUCCGUCGGACGGCGCCGGCGGCUUGUGUUUUGGCGGCCACGCUUCUUCGCCGUGCAUUGGAGAGCGAGGUGAGGGAGCAUUACUGCCUCCGUUGCCGCCAGCAUGUGGGUGGUAAAUUUCGCCAGGCUAUACAACACCUUGACAGCCGCCGGCACCGUAGAAAAGAGGAGGCGUCGGUGCCUUCUGUCCCGGCGAUGAUACGCGAGGAAUUACCUCACGCGGAGGAUUUCCUUAAAGGCAUAUUUUGCUCCAUUUGUCUCUGUGUGGUUCCAGUGCAGCAGGAGAAGCACCGUCUUUCAAAGCGGCAUCAGCGGAACUUGCGUACUGCAACAUCUUCUGCCUCACAAAUGGAAUCAGCAGGAGUGAGGCGGGAGAUGUGGGCUGAGCUGCUGCGGCCUAUGCACGGUAAUGUAUGCUGCUCCUGUGUCGAGUACGUCGCCGCGGAGGAUGUCAUGCAGCACCUCACGUCACCACAACACAAGGCGGCACGUGCCGCAGCACAGGGCGUGAAGCGCAAGGGUGACACGGAGAGCUUGCGAAGUCUCCUUGACAGCGCGGAAGAGUACAGCGCGGACGGCUACUGUUCGGUGUGCGAUGCCACGGUUAGGGCUUCCAUGUGGACGCGCCACACGCAGGGGAAGCGCCACAACAUGGAGCUGCUGAGGGCAUACCGCGACCCUAACGGGCAGGUACAGCUCUGGAAGGAGCGAUUUAGCGCUGCCUUGGAGAAGAAACACGAACGUGCAGUGAAUGCUGCCAAGCGAGCUCCCACGGUAGAGGUGCUGUCAGUGCCGCUAGAUGCCGUGCUCUCGCAGGAUGCGUCUGCUGGCAAAACGUCUAUAAACUGCUCGCAUCUACCGUCGGGGUCCUUUUCUCUCGUUGAGGCGCCGCUGCUCUUUUUUUUUCUCAAGGGAUGCUGCCUCCUUUGUGACUGCGAGGUGGCACCCCAGUCGACGAGCUUGGUGGCGACGCCUGUCUGCAAGGAGCACUGCCGAACCUCAAGGCAUCAAGAGGCGCUUCACGACUUUGUUGCCCUGCAGCGUGAAGUGGGGCUGGAGGAUGCGGCAACUGCGUGGGCGGCGCGCUGGUACGCGGCGGCGUUUUGCGUUUUGCGCGAGGAAUCCGCCUGCUGGCGCGAAUGCGCCGAAGGCUUGAGGCUUCACACACGUGAUGAUUUUCUGAAGUUGCUCGAGGACGACCUCCGUGCGGACGCAUUUUCGGGGUCUGUUUGUGCGCUACGUCCAGUUCCGUGCUCGCCAUAG